AUGGCACCCAAGAAGAAGGGAGGAAAGCGCCAAGAGGAGGACUGGGAAGCUGACCUCGGCGAGUCCGCUCCUACGAACGAUGCUCCUGCAAACGAAGAGCCCGCAGCCGACGGUGCUGCUGAAGAGGAAGCUGGCGGGGGUGGCUUGAUGGCGGCUCUACGCAAGAACAAGGCUAAGAAGGCUAAGAAGGGCAAGGUAACAAACGACUUUGUCGAGGGCGAGGAUCCUGCGGGAGACUUGGCAUCCAAGGCUCCCGAGGAGGGCACAUUUGACGAGGAUGAUGUAUUUGCAGGAAAGCCCAAGAAGCCGAUCAAGGACAUCCCUCCUCCUCCACCUCCUGCAGAAGAAGAACAAGAUGGUGGGUUCCGGGUCAAGUCUAAGAAGGAGAAGGAAAAAGAGAAAAGGAGCGCUGCUUUGAAGAAGAAGAAUGCUCCAGCUCCACAGAAGGCCGAACCCGCCAAGGCCGCUGAGACUAAGAAGGAUGAAGCCGCACCGGCAGCUGCGCCUGUGGAUACCGGAAAGAAGAAGAAGCUUCCUCCCCAUCUGGCUGCUCUUCAGAAGCAACAAGAAGCGCUUCGCAAACAGCGUGAAGAGGAAGAGCGACUUGCCGCCGAGGAAAAGGCUGCUCUUGAAGAGCAGAAGCGUCUCGAAGCAGAGGAAGAAGCCAAGCGUGAGGAAGCCCGCCAACGCAGGAAGGAGAAAGAGCGUGAAAAGAAGGAGCAGCUCCCCAAGGAGCGCAAUGAAAAGCGCAUGCAGCAGAUGCUCGCAGCCGGUGUGGGCAAGGUUGCUGGUCUCGAAGAAGGCGGUGCCGAGAAGAAGCGCCCUGUCUAUGAGCACCGCAAGAAGAAGGGUGGCAAGAAGCAAGAAGACGACCUUGAGGCUGCCGCUGAGCGGGCUCGUUUGCAGCGCGAGGCUGAGGAUGAGCGCAAGAGGAAGGAGGCCGAGGAGAAGGCCAAGGCCGAAGCUGCUGCCGCUGCCGCCGCCGCCGCCAAGAAGUCUGAAGAAGAUGACAUCGAAGAUGACUGGGAGGCUGCCGCUGAACAGGCUGACGAUGUCAAGGAUUCCUGGGAUGCACCUUCCGAUGAAGAAGAGGAGAAGGAGAAGGAGAAGCCUGCUGCAAAUGGCGACGCUAAGCCCGCCGAAGAGGAUGACGAAGAAUCUGAUGAGGACUCCGAUGACUCUUCAUCCGAAGAGUCCGAAGACGAAGAGCAGAGUGCCAAUCAGAGAGCCAUUGCGCAAAGGAAAGCUGAGGCCGCAGAGCGAAGGAAUAAGAAACACGAAGAGGCUUUGGCUGCGCAAGGCGAAGCUGGUGGUAUCACCCAACAGAUUGGUGCCACAUACUUCCCAGUCGACGCUCUGAAGCAAAAGACUGCCGUCGUGAACAAGGAUGGCGCCUUUGAAUUCAAGAUUCCCGGUCUUCUGAUCAUUGAUACUCCUGGCCACGAAUCUUUCUCUAACCUGCGUUCAAGAGGUUCAUCCCUCUGUAAUAUUGCCAUUCUGGUUGUUGAUAUUAUGCACGGUCUCGAGCCCCAGACCCUGGAGUCUAUGCGCCUACUGCGUGACCGCCGGACUCCCUUCAUUGUGGCCCUGAACAAGAUCGAUCGUCUCUAUGGAUGGAAGAAGAUCGACAACAAUGGUUUCCAGGAGAGUUUGAUGAUGCAGAACAAGGGUGUCCAGAACGAAUUCCGCACUCGUCUCGACGCGACCAAGCUCGCCUUCGCCGAGCAGGGUUUCAACUCUGAGCUUUUCUACGAGAACAAGUCUAUGGCUCGCAAUGUAUCUCUGGUUCCUACCUCUGCUCACACUGGUGAGGGUGUUCCUGACAUGCUUAAGCUUCUCACUACCCUGACGCAGGAGCGUAUGACCAACUCGCUUAUGUACCUUUCCGAGGUCGAAUGUACUGUCCUUGAAGUCAAAGUCAUCGAGGGUCUCGGUACUACUAUUGACGUUGUUCUAUCGAACGGUAUUCUGCGCGAGGGUGAUCGAAUCGUUCUGUGUGGUCUCAAUGGACCAAUUACGACGAAUAUUCGAGCAUUGCUAACGCCGGCACCACUCAAGGAACUUCGUCUGAAGUCCCAGUAUGUACACAACAAGGAGGUCAAGGCCGCUCUCGGUGUUAAAAUUGCUGCCAACGACCUCGAAAAUGCCAUCGCCGGUUCCCGACUUCUGGUCGUUGGUCCUGAUGAUGACGAGGAAGACCUGGAGGAAGAGGUCAUGUCUGAUCUUGAGACUCUGUUGAGCCGUGUCUCCACCGACAACCGUGGUGUCACCGUCCAGGCCUCCACCCUCGUUGCUAACAUUUCCAUUGGCCCUGUGUACAAGCGUGAUGUCAUGAUGGCUGGAACCAUGUUGGAGAAGGCUAAGGAAUACGCAGUCAUGUUGUGUUUCGAUGUCAAGGUUGACAAGGAUGCCGCAGCGUAUGCGCAGGAAGUCGGUGUCAAAAUCUUCACUGCAGACAUUAUCUACCACCUGUUCGAUGACUUCACUAAGCACAUGGCUGAGCUGACCGAGCAGCGUAAGGAGGAGAGCAAGUUGCUGGCUGUCUUCCCUUGUGUGAUUCAGCCCGUUGCUGUCUUCAACAAGAAAGACCCCAUCGUUAUUGGUAUUGAUGUUCUUGAGGGAAGUCUGCGUAUGCAUACGCCCCUGGCUGCGAUCCGCGUUAACGGCGCCGGUGUGCGAGAGGUUGUGGACCUUGGCAGAGUCACAUCUAUCGAACGUGACCACAAGGCGAUCCCUGUCUGCAAAAAGGGUCAGCCUUCAGUUGCCGUCAAGAUCGAGGGUCCCAACCAACCGAUGUAUGGUCGCCAGCUGGAGGAGAAGGACACUUUAUACUCCCACAUUUCCCGUGCUAGUAUAGAUACACUGAAGGAGUUCUACCGUUCUGAGGUCAGCAUGGAAGAGUGGGCUUUGGUCAAGAAGCUUAAAUCCACCUUCGAAAUUCCAUGA